CUCUGCGCCGCUAUAUCAUCGAGGUGACGAUCCGUGACCGGGACAUCCAGCUGGACGGCACAAACAUCGAAGCUCGCUUUCGUUUCAAUCGCACACGGUUUCAAGACUCCAAGCCUCUUCGAAUAAUUGAAAACCCCGCGGGCAGUGCCCGGCACCAACUGCAGUUCUCGCUGACGGCGCUGCUCGCGGACGAGGCGGCCGUGUACGGCUGGGUCGCCGACGCGGUGCGUCGCGGCCGGCUCGGGGACGUUCGCGUGCGCCCGCUCCGGUUCGGCUUCCGGUCCGAGCCUGAGCUGCUCAUCAUGGGGCUGACUGUCGACAACGAAGGCACUCCCAGGUCGCUGGGGUCCCAGGUGCGGCUGACCUGCCGGGUCCGUGGCGCAGCGACCGCCGAGGUGCGCUGGUACAAGGGUGGCGCGCUCAUCAACGCCACCAGAGCCUCCGCCAUCAGGAACAGCUCGGUGAGCGUGGACUCUGUCCGAGCGGACGAUGUCCAGGAGUUCAACCAUACGCUGACGCUGGCUAGCGCACGGCCCGAAGACGAGGGCCGGUUCGAGUGUGUGGCCCGGGACGGCCACAGCCGACAGCGACGGGCCGUCACCCUCCGACUGCCGGAGCUGCACCUGCCCGUGCGCGUCUCACCGCCGCUGCUCACCCUGAGACCGGACCGGAGCGCCACCGUUACCUGCUCGCUGCUCAUGAAACGGAUGAGAGGCGCCACCUUCACGUGGAGCAAGGCGGUGGGCCGCGAUCCACCCAGACCGCUGACCGGGCGGGACCCGGCCGAACAGGUGGUCACCUACUGCUGGGGGCAUUCCACCCUGAUCAUCCGACAUCCGCAGACGGCGCAGUACGAGUGCAAUGUGGUGCUGGGGACGCUGACCAGCGAUGCCAGUGUCCAGGUGAACGUGAUAAGCCCCACGGCGCUGACCUGCCCCCGGGUCACGGAGGGGGACAUCACCUGGCAGGAGACGGUGGCCGACACGGAAGAUAUUCAGCCGUGCCCUGACCACCUCAGGGACAGUGUCCUCCCCGGACAGACAAUUCAGGCGGUGCCGGCCCGUUACGCCCGGAGGCGCUGUGAGGUCAUGGGCAGAGCCCAGGCCAGCUGGGCCGAGUCAGACUUAGGUAACUGCGUCGACACGGAGAUCUUCAUCCUGCAAAAGCAGAUGGAUCAGCUGAUGGCCGGCUAUGACGUCAUCUCGGCGGAGGCGGCGCUGCGACGGCUGCGCCGCCUGGUGGCGGAGCGGCUGAAACGGGCGCAGGAGCGGGAGCCGCCCCACCUGCUGGCGGCCGAGGUGCAGGCUUUCCGCAGGCUGCUGGUGCACAUGGCCGCCUACAUGUUCAAGGUCGCCCCGGACGAGCGGUUCGGGCAACUGGAGGGGCUGUUUCUCGGCUCCGUUGCACCACUUCUCAACGAGCACGGCGCCUGCAUGACGGACCAGGAGAAGUUCCAGCUGCUGACGGUGCAGUUGAACUUCCUCCUGCGCCGGGUCUUCCUGGAGGACGACGACGACUCGAACAGCACCGAGUCCGACCUGUUCAUCGCCACGCGCCUGAUCAGCUACGACGGGUCCGUGGCACGUCUCCAAGUGCCGUUCGGCGCUGAUCGCCGUCCGAGCUGGCUGGAGAUGUCUGCCGAGGUGUCAGUCCUGCCGGAGGAGUCGUGGCAGACCUACCCGCAGCCGGUGUCGCAGCUUGGCCUGGUGGUGACUGUGAACAGGAACACGCGCGCCCUCUUCCCGCGCGGCUACACACCGCUCAGCAAGGCCGGCGACCUGGGCCGCUCCAGGGACGUGUUCGUGCUGGACUCGCUGCUGGUCUCGGUCGGUGUCAGCAAGCGGCCGCGCCUGCUGGAGAGCCCGUCGCCGCCGGCGCUGCACGUCUCGCUGCGUCUGGAGCCGCUCAGUCGCCAGUGGAACAUGUCGACCCAGAGCCACAGCUGCGCCCGGCUGGCGGCCGACGGCCGCUGGCACCUGGACGCCUGCCCGCUCACCGUGCUGCCAGACAACCGCGGCUUCAGCUGCGGCUGCAGCGAACUCGGCACCUACGCCCUGGCCCUGCUCACCAAAGCGCGGUCGCCUCUGCAGUCGGUGCUGAACUCGCUGCACGUGCCGGUGGUGACCGGCUGCCUGCUGUCGCUGCCGCCGCUGCUGUACGCGCUGGGCGUGCUGCUGGUGCACUGUCUGCGGCGGCCGUCGGUGCCGGCCGGCCUCCGGCUGCAGGGGGCGUUCGUGCUCACCGCCGCCAUGGUCAUCUUCAUGGUGUCAGCCCGCGACACCCCCCAAACGGCGAGCAUGGCCGUCAACGCCGCCUUGCUCCAGUGUCUGAUCCUGUCCGCCAUGAGCACCCAGAUGGCCUUGAAGAUGCACGUGUUCGGCGAACAGCACCGCCUGCGCAGCUUACGCGGCCAGCCGAACUUCUUCAAGUACAUCGUGUUCUUCACGUCUUGCGGCAUCCCGUUGCUGGUGACGGCGGCCACAGUCACCACGCAGUACAUGCACGGCUGGUCCGAGCUGCACUCCUGGUGGAUUCUGUACAGCUCGAGCUUCUUCUACGGCGUGGUGGUGCCGGUGGCCGUGCUGCUCCUGGUCGACACGUGCCUGCUGCUCUAUGUACGCGCCCUGCUCGUCAUCAAGGUGUCGAUGACCAAGUGCGAGACAGAGGCUUGGAUACGCGAAAGGGUGCACAUGAUGAUGGGCUCUCAUAUGAUUGAGAUGAUGCUCGUUCUGCUGGUGGUUAGCAGCGCUCUUUACAUCAACUUCCGAGGACUUGCCUGCGAGAUCCUCUUCGCCAUCUUCUGCGUGCUGACGAGCGCGACAUUGCUGGUGUACUAUGUUGUGCACGGGGAAGAGGGCCUACCCGUGCCGCCAUGCUUCCGAAAACACAGCCCAGACGCUGUCGACGAACCAGGCCACGAGCGUGAGCCUCCGGCGACGCUACGCUCCCACAGCGUGCUGCGGGCGGACGACGCCAGCCAGCGCCCGCUGCUAGCCGGCUGCCACUGCCGGCCGCAGCCCGUCUCGCCGGCCUCCAGCGGCAGCUCGGCCGCCACCGACGAGUACACCGACUCGCCGGCCUCCAGCCACUCCGUGAACGGGGGCCACUCGCGGCAUGAGUCGAAGAAGCCUCUGCCGUCGAGGGCCCGGAGCGCGGGGCCGGACCACGUGCCGUAA